AUCCAUUGCCCUCUGCGUUCUUUACUACUCCUUCCUCUCUUCUCGUCCCUUUGAGCAACACCCCCACCUCAAAGUUCUCACACCAUGCAUCUCCACCACCGCUCUAAUUUUAAUGCGCUCUUCGUAUUCUUCACACUGUCAGCACUUUCUACACUAUUCACAGCAGUAGUUGCACAAUCCAAUGGCGUGGAAAUCAAAACCCAAGCUACAUGUCCAGUUCCAACCAUCACCGUUCACGUCUCCUACGACGUUGUCCUCACCCCUCUCUCACUUUCAUGCUCGGUGAUUGAAAAUGCGACGUUUGUAUUUGGCAAUGGGUAUGAGACGGAAAUAACGAAUGCGCCAACCUUCUUGGAUACGCUGAUUUAUGAUACGAAGACGGUUACUGUUGAGAAGACGGUCACUGCGCAAACUCCACCACCCUAUAUACCUGGAGGGGAAAGUCCUUCUAAUGGAGUGCCAUACCCAACGUCUUCGCCUGCAUUAUCAUCCGCCAGUAGCUCACUACCUACGCCGUCGUCCUCUACUGCCUCUCAAACUACUUCAGAGUCAACCUCUUCAGGCAGUACCGGCUCGCCAUCGCCUUCUCAGUCUCCGCUUCAACCCCCGUCUUUUUACAAUGACUGCUCAGUAGACCCUUACAACCCAGAUUUCAGACUAUACAUCGUCGAUGGCACGAACGGCAAUGUACUUGGUGCUCUUGGCAACAAUGGCUCUGUCCUCGGCUAUCAAAAUGAGGAUAACGGCUUGACAUUUCGGGUGCAGAUUUCUGCGUCUGGCUUAUUCGAUUUGGUGACUGAUGAAGCCUCGCCGAGAUAUCUGGGUGUUUCGGAUGCGAGUACUUAUAUUCUAGUUGACUCAAGUUCAAACAGUGCAUCGCCAACCACAUAUCCAGGCCUUGAAGGGCAGAUUGCGACAUCAAUAUGGUCAAUUGACUGUAACGGUGCGCUCUCUUCGAAUACCACCUCAAUUAUCACACGUCGUAGCUCUACAUCGCCUAGCAAAGCAAUUGAAAUCAGAGACGGCAUUCUUUUCAUUGAAGUUCCUCUCUUCCUCCUCGACAUCACCCUCCUCCGACUCCUUCGUAGCGUCAAUCCUCCCAUCCCAGCAAGUCCCCGCUGUCUUCUCGGUGGCCCAGCUUUCCUGAAACCAGGAGCACCUCCAGCAACUGUAAAUGCUUGUGGGUCGUUCGGUGUCACGGUCCCCUACGCUUUCGACUUCUUUGACUUCUCUCCUUGCUGUGAUGGCCAUGAUGCCUGCUUCGAUGACUGCAGUAUCAACUUUUUCGACUGCAACAAUCGAUUCCUCAACUGCAUGCUCCCAAAGUGCAAACUAGGCGACGAUCCCGAGCUCGAACAAGUCUGCACCCGCCUCGGCGCAGCAUUCUACCGCAUCGUCGCCGGGCCGGUCGGUCUCGCAGCAUUCCAGACCGCAAACUUCCGCCGCUGUACCUGCGACAAACCAGAAUCCUCAACAAGCACCUCGGCCAGUAGCACCAAGACCUCUACGACCAAAACGAGCACAUCAACAAGUAAAUCUCCCACCGCCACCACAACACUUUGUGCGUAUCUCCGCGACAACCCAACACCGUUCACGUAUCUCUCUGCUCCAGGCUACGCAGAAUGUAGGGCAGCUGUGCCAGCGCGACUUGAACCAGGUUGUUCGAGGGACUGUUCGGCUGUGGACUGGGACUGCAGCUACUGUUACGAGGAUGGCAGGCCGGAGUUCGAUUCUGGAUGUCCGUCGCGCUGUCUCCAGCAGAGUAUUAGACGAUGUGAGUUGUACCAGGAGACGUGUCCUGAUGCAUAUAGGGGGGGAUAUAGUCAGUGUGUGAAUCUGAAUUUGGAGGGUGGAUAUUGCUUUAAUGGGAGUUUAGAGGAGUGUAAAAGGGUGAGAGAUGAUUGUGAGAUUGUGAAUAACGAUCCGGGGUUGGCGUAUGUACAUCCGGCGUAGGAUUUGGGAAGCUCUCACAAAGCGAUUAUUUAGAGAUGUCCUUGAUUGAUUUAAUCACAUCAUAUUCCACAGUCAAUCUUUUUCU